UCCCCCUUUUUCCCCCUUUUUUCGCCCUUUUUUCCCCGUUUUCCGGGCCCGUCCCCGCUGGGGGGAUGAGCAGCGGGCUGGUGGACGCCGCGGUGUUGGCACCGCUCAAACCCGUCAGCAUGUCCGGGGACCCCCAGGAGGACACCCCGGUCUUCGAGGACAUCAAAGCCCCCUCCCGGCCCCUGGAGAACCCUCCCGACCUGGCACAGCUGCACCCCAUGAGGAUGGACCAGCGGAUGCCACCGCUCAUCCUGGAGGCGCGCUCGGAGAUGGACAAGUACCUGUCCAGCGAGGUGCCGCCCGUGCCGAUGCUCCCGGACAAGAAGUACCGCCGGGAGAGCGCCUCGGUGGUGGACGAGUUCUUCUCCACGGAGAAGCCCAGCUCCGCGCCCUACAGCGUGAACAUCAACGUCAUCCUGCCCGACACCACCCACCUGCGCACGGGGCUCUACCGGCCCCCCAAACCCAUGGCCCCCUUCCCGCAGAUCAAAACCGAGCCCGGCACCGGCUUCUCCCAGCCCUGCUCGUCCUCCUCCGGCCCCACGCAGACCCUGCCCGACUUCACCAGCGUGUUCAGCAUGCCCCAGUCUGUGGCGGUCAACAACAUCUUCAUCAAGCAGGAGAUGCCGGCCGAGAUCCCCUUGUCGGCCCACCCGCAGCAAUCCCAGCUCUUCCAGCUGCCCCUGGGCGCCUCUGGAGCCGACAUCCCCACCCUGGCGUCCUCCUCCAGCAGCACCACGGCCAUCAGCUGCCUCAGCGGGGUCACCAUGUCCACGGGCUCGGUGGCCAGCGUGGCACACAGAGCCGUGCAGCCAGCGGCGCCCCUCAAGCAGUUCCCACACGUGGCCCAGGGACAGGGAAGCUUUGGGAACAUCCCCGGGCAGUUCUACCCCGCCCCGGGGGUGACUCUGCCCCCCUCGCCCCCCAACUCGCAGCCUGGCAGCCCCGAGAACCAACCCGAGCUCAUCAACACCAUCUCUCCCCCGCCGUCCUACGAAGCCACUUUUGGACUGAAGCUGGUCCAGUCGUCCCAGAUCCCCCCAGGUCCCAACGGCGUCGGGGGCCUCCCCCAGGGCCACGUUGUGAUGCAGCCCCCCAAGUACAACCGGCGCAACAACCCCGAGCUGGAGAAGAGGAGGAUCCACCACUGUGACUUCGCAGGAUGCUCAAAGGUUUACACCAAGAGCUCCCACCUGAAGGCACAUCAGAGGACUCACACAGGUGAGAAGCCCUACAAGUGCACGUGGGAGGGCUGUGACUGGCGCUUCGCCCGCUCGGACGAGCUCACCCGGCACUUCCGCAAGCACACGGGGGCCAAGCCCUUCAAGUGCCUGGCGUGCGGCCGCUGCUUCUCCCGCUCCGACCACCUGGCCCUGCACAUGAAGAGGCACCAGAAUUAGGAGCCUCCCUUCCCACUCCUCCGAGAGCAGCUCCAAGUCUUCCCUUCUCCCAGGGAAGGACCUGUACAUAGGAACGACCCCGCGCUGUGAUCGACCGAGGCGGCAGCAGAGCCCUGCCAGCCCGGCCCCGACCCUGUCUGGUUUUACAAGAGACUGAAACCCACCCAGCUCAUUUCAAACAGGCCCUGACUGCAGACUGAUCUCCUGACCAGGCUCCUGGUGGCACCGGGGCGAUGGAGCUUGCAUUCCCAAGGGCUUUCUUCUGGCAAUCCCGCUAUUUAUUUGUCACUCAGGAGCGACUUCGAGUCUCAAGGACUUUUGGGAUGGGUGAGGCCUGGGAGGAUGUGACAGCUUGGCUGUGACUGGUCUCACUUGGACUCUGUUGGACAGUCCCGUGGCAAAGCCAUGGAUGUGACACUGUGUGACCAUGGAUGUGACACUGGUACCAUGGACGUGGCACUGUCCCCCAUGGUGUGACCAUGGAUGUGACACUGUCCCCAUGAUGUGACCAUGGAUGUGACACGGUGUGACCAUGGAUGUGACACUGGUACCAUGGACAUGGCACUGUCCCCAUGAUGUGACCAUGGAU